UAUGUUGAUAAUUGUGCAUCUCUGCUCUCGGAGGCUGAAUUACACCAUUUAUGGAGGCGAAGGAGGAGAUACUGUCUGGAUACACAUUAGCUUCACUUUAUGAUGGAGGAGGGAGGCCGAAGUGUCAGCCUGGUCCCCUGUCAUUACUCACAUUUCUCCUCUGCACACUCACCGGUGUUUAAUAAUGCCAUGCAAAUCCUGUCUUACUCAACAAAGAUCUCAACAAAUGUCUUGAGUCAGUAUACGAAUAUACGGUGAAGGAGCCAAACAGAGGGAUGAUGCUGGACUUUUGCAACAGCAUGAGAGGGAACAAAGUGUUUCAUUUCCAGAAAGUGUGUGACAGCCGACACCCUGACCUGCUGAUUUGUGAAACACCUUACCACAUGCCCCCCCGAUUACCCAACGGCUUGCAACAGGGUCACAAAGUGUGAGUCAGAGCUGCUUUGUUUUAAUGUGAAUUUACUUGCUUUUCUGUUUUGUUUUGUUUUGUUUUUUUUUAUUUUACAGUUUUAUUAUAUAACAUCAUUUCAUGUUUUUAUACAUUAUAUUAGCUCAUGGGUAUUUAUUUUCACAUAUUGUUUAGAAACACCACAAUUUAUAUUUAUUCAUGUGUGAAUAAACUGCCAUUUAAUUCUUGAAAUGCAAUUAUAGACUAACCCUGUUUUCCCUAUGGUUCCAGUUAAUAUUACAUAUAUUUAUACAUUAAUUUGUACUCUUAUACCUCCUAAUAACAAGGUUACAUAUUGUAUUUUAUACAUUAUAUGAAUAACUAGACUAAAAUGAUGAAAUAGCAUCCUUUCCUUUUUUAUUGUGGCAUCAACUUUUUUGCAGUCUUCCUAAUAAUCAGAUCACAUUUCCCACCAAGUGGUAUCAAAAAAUGACUUGUGGUGGUAUGAAAAGCACAGGUGUUGUAUUAUAGUGAACAGCAGCUAACAUGAAGAAUACUGGGACCCUGAAACUCUCAUGUGGAAAUGUCCUCAGAAAGUCUUAUUGCAGCAGAAAUACUGAUGAUAGUGACGUGGUGGCAAAGGAAACAGGACAUUGUGUCAGCUCUCCCUAAAGAAACACAUAUUGUAUCACACUUAAAGGGACGCUCUUCAUCACCGAGUCAUUCGGGUGUCAAACUGUCUUCAUAUUUGAAAGCUGCGGCCAAGCCGGUGCAGAAGUAAUGCCGUCGAUCGUCGUUGACUUUGACGACUACUUUGACCUACUGAAUGAAACCGUCCACAACAACGAGACGCCCUACGUUGUGGAUCCGAACACGUUGCGAUGUGAUAACAUCCCGCGGGACCCCACGGUAGGUUUGACCCUGUGUCUCCUCCUUGUGGUCAUCUUUUUACUGGCGGUACCAGGGAACCUGUUGGUGGGCUGGGUGAUCGGCACCAGCAGACAGGCGCUGACCCCGUCAGACGUGUACUUGUUUCAUCUGACGAUAGCGGACGGUCUGAUGGCCCUGACCCUCCCGUUCUGGGCCGCAGACAUGAUCAAAGGGUGGAUCUUUGGAGACGUCAUGUGCAAGCUCCUCAACAUCGUCAUCGAGGCAAACUUCUACACCAGCAUCCUCUUCCUGGCCUGUAUCAGCAUCGAUCGCUACCUUGUGAUCGUGCACGCCAGCGAGAGUCUCCGGAGUCGUCAGAGGAUGUGCAGCUGGAUCCUCUGCUUGGCAGUGUGGGCCCUCGGCGGGGCUCUUGCUCUGCCUUCGCUUUUCAACGACGCCACCGUGCUACCGGGCUCACAGAGGAUGAUUUGCUCUGAGAACUUUGACCUUGGCAGGGCCUCAGCGUGGAGGCGUGCCACGCGCAUGUUCCGCCAUCUGUUCGGCUUCCUUCUCCCCCUGUGCAUCAUGGUAACCUGCUACAGCAUCACCAUCGUGAGGCUGCUGCGCACUCGAGGUUUCCGGAAGCACCGCGCCAUGAAGGUGAUCAUAGCCGUGGUGGUUGCGUUCCUCCUGUGUUGGGGGCCGUAUAACGUGGCCAUGAUCGUGGACACGUUCAUGAGGGCCGACGUGAUCGCAUUCGACUGUGCGAUGAGGAGGUCAGUGACCCGGGCUUUGGAUAUAACUUUAAGCCUGGCUCUGCUCCACAGCUGCAUCAACCCUGUCCUCUACGCCUUCGUGGGGGAGAAGUUCAGGAGCAAUAUGACGCAACUUCUUCAGAGGAGAACCAGAUCGGAGAGGCUGUCGGGGUCAAAGCUCAGCAGGUCGACGUCUCAGACCUCAGACAGCAAUGGCGCCGUCCUCUGAAACCUCAUGGACUUUUUACAAGCACUCUGGAAGCUAGUUGUUUAUACUGGCAGACUCUAUCUCUGAACUCAUGUUAGCUACUGUUCCUGCUGUUGGAAGUCACAAACUUUGGACUGUUGCAAAAAAAUAAUAAAAAUCUGGAGCAAAAUGCUAAUGCUAGCAAGGCGACAUUCUCAUAAAGACGGCGCUAACAUGCUGAUUGUUGAGCAGGUGGAACAGUGUGCUCAUGUAGCAGAACAGAGUAAAUGUUAGAAAAGUACGAUUGUGCAACAACACAGUUAGGUUCAACCUUCAUGAACAUCAUAUUAUCAAACAUGUUUGCACUGUAGACAGGACGGUGCACUGCUGCCAUCUACUGACUGAACAGCCGCCAGUAAAACCUUUCAGAUUUCCAGCCUCCCAUGUGAUCAACUAAAUGUUUUUAGUGGUUUUAAUUUAAUAAUCAAACAACAGAUGCUUUCAUCACCCGGCUAAUGUUUCUGUGUUUAUUUAUAUAUGCAAGAAGGCUUGUAUAAACUAGUGUAUUUUUCAGUUAAGUGUUUCUGAUGCUUUUCACAACUCAAAAAUUAAAAGCCAUUUUUCUUUUA